GGGAAAUGGAGUAACUGGCGUUCUCGCGAGAGUUGCUUCGUUUCUUUGGGAUUUGGCGUAAGGGGUGAAGUAUUCCUUUGUCAGGGAAGGGUAAGGUAAGAUCAAGAAGGUGUCAGUGUUUGUAUCUUUUGAGAAUCACAUGUGGAAGAAGAAAUGGAAUAUAUGAAAGAAUAUACUCCCCUUCACCAGGGAAACAUCUUAUGUUGCCAAUGUGGCAUUGCAAUCCCACCAAACCCAGCCAACAUGUGUGUAGACUGUUUAAGAACUCAAGUGGAUAUCACUGAGGGAAUUCCUAAGCAAGUCACUGUUCAUUUCUGCAAACAGUGUGAAAGAUAUCUUCAACCACCAGCAGCUUGGCUACAGUGUGCCUUGGAAUCAAGAGAACUUCUUUCAUUAUGCCUUAAAAAAAUUAAGGCUUCUCUUAAUAAGGUUCGGUUGAUUGAUGCAGGAUUUGUAUGGACUGAACCACACUCUAAAAGACUUAAAGUAAAGUUGACUAUACAAAAAGAGGUAAUGAAUGGUGCAAUUCUUCAGCAAAUCUUUGUAGUAGAGUAUAUUGUUCAGUCACAAAUGUGUGAAGACUGCCAUCGAGUUGAAGCUAAGGACUUCUGGAAAGCAGUGGUUCAAGUUAGGCAAAAGACACUACAUAAAAAGACGUUCUAUUAUUUGGAGCAAUUAAUUUUAAAGCACAGGCUUCACCAAAACACUCUUCGGAUCAAAGAGAUUCAUGAUGGUCUGGAUUUCUAUUUUGCUUCCAAACAGCAUGCUCAGAAAAUGGUGGACUUUCUUCAGUGUACUGUACCUUGUAGAAUUAAAUCAUCACAGCGUUUGAUUUCUCAUGACAUUCACAGCAAUACAUAUAAUUACAAAAGCACUUUCUCUGUUGAGAUUGUUCCAGUAUGCAAGGACAAUGUUGUGUGUUUAUCACCAAAACUGGCUCAAAGCCUUGGUAAUAUGAGCCAGAUUUGCAUUUGUAUCCGGGUAACCAGUGCCAUUCACAUCAUUGAUCCAAGUACUCUUCAAAUUGCAGAAAUAGAUGGAAAUACUUAUUGGCGCCAUCCUUUUAAUAGCUUGUUUCAUCCAAAGCAGUUAGAAGAAUUUAUUGUAAUGGAUAUCAGUAGGGCCUAUGAACAGAAGCAAAAUGCUGGUGCAGGCAUGAAAUCUAAUAAGCAUAUCCUUGCGGAAGCCUGGGUUCAGAAAACAUCAGAAUUGAAUACAGACCAUCAGUAUUUCUGCCGUACUCACUUGGGGCAUCUUCUGAAUCCUGGAGAUCUUGUAUUGGGCUUUGAUUUGGUUAAUUGUAAUCUGAAUGAUGAAUAUGCAAAUAAGAUGAAUCCCCAUAGUGUUCCUGAUGUGAUUUUGAUUAAAAAAAGUUACGAUCGCACCAAGCGUCAACGUCGCAGAAAUUGGAAACUGAAAGAAUUACAAAGAGACCGAGAUAACAUGGAUACCGAUGAUGAAAGACAAUACCAAGACUUCUUAGAAGAUCUAGAAGAAGAUGAAACAAUUAGAAAAAAUGUCAAUAUUUAUAAAAAUCCAGUGAUACCAGUGGAGAAUGAAAUAGAUGAUGAGAGCAUUCCCCAAAUCAGUCUCACUGAAAUGCUUGAAGACCUUCAGAUAUCUGAAGAUGCUACAGGGGGAGAAGGUGCCAAUAUGUUGAUGGGAUAAGUUAGGAUGUCUUGCUAAUUGAAUUUUAUUGUUCCUUGAAAAAUAGUCCCCAAGAAAUCUGUUAUAGGCAUUCUUGACAUGAAAAAUAAAUAAUAUUGAAAAGAUUUGCAAGGAUAAAAAACAAAUGCUCCCCAAAGGUGUAAUUAUAAUGGCUAAUAAAAAAGAGGGAAAAAAUAAUAGAUUUUUAAGAUAUAUAUAUCUUAAUAUAUAAGAAUUGGAAAUAUACCAAUUUCAUAUACAUACACACACACACACACACACACAUAUAUGUAUGUAGGUCUUUGGUUAUUCGGGUUUUCUCCCACGUUAAAUUGGAAGUGUCUUGGCGACGUUUCAAUGAAGUCUCAUUCGUCAUCUUCAGGCUGGUGUUUACAGCUUCGUGCUUUGAAUGAGACUUCGUCGAAAUGUCACCAAGACACUUCCAAUUUUACGUGGGAGAAAACCCGAAUAACCAAAGACCUACAUACAAACACCCGUGAAAACCUCAGAAAAUAAAUAAAUAAAUAAAUAAAUGCAUGUAUGUAUGUAGGUUUUCACGGGUAUAGGUAUGUAGGUCUUGGCGUAUUCGGGUCUUUUCCUGUGUAAGGUUAAAAGUAUCUAGGCGACGUUUCAACAAGGUCCCAUGUGCCAUCUUCAGGCUGAUUGAUGCUUUUGGCUUCCUGCUUGUGCAAGCAAAGUGUGGUCGGAGCUGCCGUCUCUCUAUAAAUACUGGUGGGGAGCCAGCACUCCACACCUCCCCACCAGUAUAUUUGUGUCCUUCAGUUCUUUCAGAAUAAUGGCAGUUGAAAUCCAGACAGGUAGAGAAUGGUCAGGCUGGCAUAAACUCUGUUUAACUUCUCCAACAGGAUAUGAUUCCUCAACCUUACAUUGAGGUUAGAAAUAUGUUCAUGAGGUAAAAAGGUGCAUCAUAUUACAGGUCAGAAAAAUUAUUUUAUUUUAUUUUGCACAACAUACUCUCAUUGAUGGAAGUUAGAAGUAGACACAAAUCAUAUAAAAAUAUUUCUUAAAUAUAUGCUGUAUUAAGCUGACAAUAUUUUUAUGGUAUAGAAAAUGAUAACUGCUUUUGUAUUGGCUUUCUUGAUAUAUCAUCAUCUGUUCCAGCUGAUCUUUAAAGAACACAAAGAAGUCUUUUUUUUUCCUUAUUUCCAUACAUGCUCAGGCACAGUUUUUAGAGUACUAAUUCAUGAUUACAGAUACCAUUUAAUUAUGCAAGAUUUCACAAGUAGUUGUCUAAAACGUAGACGUGUAAGAAAGUGUGACACCUGUGUUUAUGAAAGCAGAAUGGGGAAAUCUAGAACUUUUGUCCUUGCUAAAUCAAUUAUUUUACAGGUGUGGCAUAGUUUGGGGAAGCUAACUUAAGGAAUCUGCACAAACAAUUUUUUUUCUGUUGCAUUUCAAGAUCUCUCCCUUGAGUUGAGUUGAGGCAGUAUCAAAUAGCUUUUCAAUGAUUAAAAAAAUGAACAAUUCCCCUAAAUAAAGACAACACGCCAUAAAAUGAUUUUAUACAGGAUUGGUAUAUAAUACCUCUUUUCAGAGUAAUUAAAUAGAAAUGGUAUCAUUACUGAAAGAGUUUUUGUAGUAAAAAAAUGCAUUUCUCAAUCCAUAUAAUGAUAUUUGGAGGGAUAGUAUUUACAUCUCCAUAAGAUUUCACUCAGAUGUUACUUGUAGAGCAGAUGUUACAUCAAAGAAGAAUCAGAAAUUACACUGCUACUUUUACAAUGAAUUUGUAAAUGCUGUUUCACUGUUUUGGUAAUAACUACCUUUCUUCAUUAAAAUAUCUCAAGAUUCA